AUGGCUUCCUCACCCUCCAAGACCGAGCAAUGUUUGUUUUGCUCGAUGUCGGAGUCGAUGUCUGAGGACGUAAACUGGGUCCAAUGUGGGAAGUGUCAACACUGGGCACAUUUUUCUUGCGCUGGUGUUGAUCAAGGGGUUGUCAACAGUGAUUGGCGGUGCCCACAGUGUCUCCCAAGUAGUGCGCAGCAGCUGAAAGUUCCGGAUGCAGCGGCCAAGAAGCGGAGCAAGAAGUCCGGCCAAAGAAGCGAUGGAGGGUCCGAACUGGGAGCUGGCUCUGAUGUGGAUCCGAUUGAGAAGCAGUUGGAAGAGGAGCAACUCGCCAAGGAGAAGGCCUUUGCAAAGCAGAUGGCGGCGCGGAAGAAGCUACUUGCUCGGCAGAAGGCGGGGAAGGAAGAGCAGCAGAGGCAAGAACAGGAGAUGCGUGAGCUGAAACUCCAGGUUCAACGCGAAAUGGAGGAGCAGCAGUUGGAGCACGAACAGAAGUUACUGGACGCCCAACUGGCAGCAGAGCAAGCGUUUGUGAAGAAGCGGGAAGCGAUUCGGAGGCAGUUUACGAGCAGCGUCAACCGAGUCAACGCGCUGAAAGGCCAAGAAAGCGCUGUUGGCGAAGCUUCGGAGGACCAUCCGAAGAAGAGAGUGAAGGAGUGGCUGAAGGAUCAGUCGGCGGCAGUCGUCAAGCCGUCGACCGCGGAUUUUCGGGGAGCGUACCCGAAAGGAGACGAACAAUUCGGAGCGGGAUGCUCGACGCAAGUUGGCAAGCCAAAGCCGAUGUCGAAAGUGCCGGUGAUCACGGAAUUCGAAGCUGGCACAAGUGAGGACAGCGACAGUGAUGGCGACAGCAGCAGCGACGAGUCGUUUAAAGACGUUCGUGCGGAGAGCAGCCGGCGUGGCAGUCUGCGGAGGAGCAGAGUUGUUGACCGGCCGGGGCCAAGAGUUGGCCGAAUCUACGAAGAGCAGCUAGACGAUCGAGCGGAAAGCAGCCGGCAUAGCAGUCUGCGGAGAAGCAGAGGUGCUGAAGGGCCAGGGCCAAGCGUUGGUCGGAUCUCCAAGGAGCAACUAGCUGCUCGAAAAGCAGUGUCGCAACACCUUCCAAAGUUUCGGGGAGAAGCAGAAGUCUGGCCGCUGUUCAUUAGCAGCUUCGAAUAUACGACGGCGGCGUGCGGAUUUUCGAAUCUGGAGAACCUGAAGCGGCUACAGGACUGCUUGCAAGGCGACGCACUGGAGGCUGUGAGAAGCAGGCUGGUUCUACCAGACUCAGUUCCGGACGUGAUUGCAGAUUUACGGAACUUGUUCGGAAAGCUAGAGAAGCUGUUGAAGACGCUGCUGACGAAGGUGAGAAACGCUCCAGCGCCGAGAGCCGAUCGGCUGGAAACCUUCAUAAGUUUCGGCAUCAUCGUAAAGCAAUUGUGCGAUCAUCUCGAGGCGGCACAGCUCAACGACCACCUCAACAACCCGAUGCUAGUGCAGGAGCUGGUCGACAAAUUGCCGCCGAGCUACAAGCUGGAUUGGGUCCGGUAUAAGCGUGGCAGAGUGGACAGUCCGCUAAGGAUGUUCACUCGAUUCACAACCGACAUCGUUUCCGACGUCUCCGAGGUGACGGAGUUCUCUACACUGUCGGUGAACGAGCGGGUGCGGCCUGGAAGAGAGAAUCCCCGGAAGAAGGAGUUUGUGCAUGUGCACGAAUCAGAGAAGAGGCAGAAUGAAGGUUCUCGCAGCGAGGUGACCAGCCGGCCAUGUUGGAUUUGUAGGCGAACGGAUCAUCUCAUUCGUAAUUGCGAUGAGUUUAGGAGAAUGAACAUCGCGGAGCGGCUACGAGAAGUCGAGAAGCAGAAACUCUGCGGAAUCUGCUUGAACAAACACAGCGGAAGUCAGUGUUCGUCGAAGAUGCGGUGUAUGAUGCGGAAUUGCCAGGGAUCUCAUCAUCCUUUGCUGCACCGGGUGGAAGAAUCAGUGCAACUGCAAGAUGCGAAGUCAGACUGCAAGGUGAUUUUCCGGAUGAUGCAAGUGACACUUCACGUCGGCAAGCGGCAGUACGACACCGUCGCAUUUCUGGACGAAGGGUCGUCGGCGACGUUGGUGGACGACGCGGUGGCAAAGCGACUGAAGGCAGAAGGGACGCUAGAGCCGCUGAUAGUCACGUGGACCGGCAACAUCAACCGGUUUGAGAACGAGUCCAGAAGCGUGGAGAUGAUGAUGUCGGCGAAGGGCUCAAAGGAGAAGUAUCCACUGUUCAACACGCGGACAGUAUCUGAGCUGCAGCUUCCCAAACAGAAGGUUCGGUUUACAGAGGUGGUGAAGCGGUACACACAUCUUGCUGGUGUGCCGGUGAAGGACUUUCCGUCCGGCGUACCGACGAUUCUCAUCGGGCUAGACAACCUGCAUCUUUUCGCACCGCUGGAGUCUCGUGUUGGGAAGCCGAACGAACCGAUCGCAGUUCGGUCGAAGAUGGGCUGGACGAUUUACGGCUCCGAGAAACGGAGGCCUACGGCGCAGACGUAUUUAAACCUGCACUCCGUCACACCGGUGAGCAAUCAGGACCUCCACGACCUGAUACGGGAGCAGUACGUGCUGGAGGAGGCGCCAACCGCAUCAUACGCCAUUCCAGAACCAGCGGAAGAAAAACGGGCUCGAGAAAUCCUCGAGUCGACAACGAAGCGAGUAGGCGAUCGUUUCGAAACAGGCUUGCUGUGGCGAAGCGACGAAAGGCGAUUUCCGGACAGUUACCCUAUGGCCGUCCGGCGGAUGAAAGCACUCGAUCGAAAACUGGAACGAAACCCAGCGCUGAAGGAGAACGUGUGUCGGCAGAUUGAGGACUAUCAGUCGAAGGAAUACGCGCACAAAGCUACCGAUGCUGAGUUGUCGGAGACGCCGCUGAAUGCGGUGUGGUAUCUACCGCUGAACGUCGUGGUGAAUCCACGGAAACCAGGCAAGGUGCGACUAGUAUGGGACGCGGCGGCAUCAGUGAACGGAACGUCGUUGAAUUCGGAGCUACUUAAGGGUCCGGACAUGCUGGUCCCUCUUCCCCGAGUCAUCUGCCAUUUUCGAGGGCGUCCGGUGGCCUUCGGCGAGGACAUCCAGGAAAUGUACCACCAAAUCCGCAUCAGAACGGAGGAUAAGCAAGCGCAGCGGUUUCUCUUCAGGAACAGUAGCGAGGAAGCUCCGCAGGUGUAUGUCAUGGACAUGGCAACCUUCGGCUCGACGUGCUCGCCAAGCUCAGCACAAUACGUGAAGAACUUGAACGCUGAGCAGUAUUCGGAGCAGUAUCCAGAAGCGGCAGUAGCGAUAGUCAAGCGGCACUACGUUGACGAUUACUUCGACAGCGUGGACACAGUAGAGGAAGCGAUCCGGCGAGCCAACGAAGUGAAAUUCGUUCAUUCGUGUGGCGGGUUCCGAAUCAGGAACUGGGUGUCGAAUUCCGGAGAGUUCCUGGAGAAGCUUGGAGAGCGAAGUGGUGAGUCGGCAGUGCAUUUCAGCCUGGACAAGAGCACGGACUACGAGCGGGUGCUAGGAGUUGUAUGGGAUACGAUCCAAGACGUUUUCUGUUUCGCAAAGGCCUCGAAGACAGAACACUCGAAGGUCCUACGAGGAGAAGAACGUCCGACGAAGCGAAUUGUGCUCAGUAUAGUGAUGGCACAGUUUGAUCCGGUGGGUUUCCUCACGCCAGUCACCAUUCUGGGAAAAAUGCUGAUCCAAGACCUCUGGAGGACAGGCUGUCGGUGGGACGACGAAGUGGACGAAGCAUCCUUCAACAAGUGGAAACGGUGGACGAACAUUCUAGCGGAUGUGCACGCAUUCAGACUGCCACGCAGCUACUUCGGUCACGCUCGGUUGGAAGAGAUUAGCGACGUACAAUUGCACAUUUUUGCGGAUGCGAGCGAGACGGCGUACGGAUGCGUAGCGUAUUUCCGAGCAAUAGUACGAGGAGAAGUGAUGUGCGCGCUGGUAAUGAGCAAAGCAAAGGUAGCACCGUUAAAGCAGCUGUCAAUUCCUCGUUUGGAACUUCUGGCAGCGGUUCUUGGGGCACGGAUGUUGCAGACGGUACGCGAGAACCACAACUUCGUCAUCACGAAGCGCCGCUAUAAGCAGUUCGUCGGAUUCCGCAUUGGAGAAAUCCUGAGCCUGACGAGACUGGCAGACUGGCGAUGGGUGCCAACAAGGCUGAACGUAGCGGACCAGCUGACGAAGUGGGGCAAGAAUCCGGAGAUACACCCGGACAGCCCGUGGGUGCGAGGACAGCAGUUCCUGUACGAGAGCGAGGAAGACUGGCCGAUGAAGAGUUUGCCGCCGGUGAACACAACGGAGGAACUACGAGUGCACCUGUUGUUGCACGAUGUGAAGGUCCCAGCGGUGCUUGUGGACGCGAAUCGCUUCUCGAAAUGGACGGUCCUGGUGCGAACGAUGGCGUGUGUGCUACGAUUCGUAUCGAACUGUAAGCGGAGGAGGGAACGGCUUCCAAUUGAAACUCUGCGAGCGACGAGCAGUCAACUGAAGGUGCGGUUAUCGAAUAAAGGUGUGUCAGUUCGCGUACCCUUGAAGCAAGAGAAGUAUGAGAAGGCGGAAAGGUGUCUGCUGAAGAUAGCACAGUCUGAAUGCUUCAUCGACGAACUGAAGGUGCUGUCCAGGAACCAGUGUCGACCAGUAAGCCAGUGGAUGGCCAUCGAGAAGGCCAGCCCGCUAUACAAGCUGACUCCGAUGAUCGACGAAGACGGACUGAUACGGAUGGAGGGACGCGUCGAAAGAGCUGAAUUCCUACCGUUCGACCUCCGUCUUCCGGGCGACCACCGAAUUACGCGGCUGAUAGUUCAGCAUUAUCACGAGCGGUGUGGCCACGGAUACCGCCAGGCGGUGAAGAACGAAUUGCGACAGUUGUACCACAUUCCGAACGUAGAUGCAGUGGUCCGGAAGGUGUCGGCUUCCUGUGUAUGGUGCAAGGUACAUCGAUGUCGUCCGGAAACUCCAAGAAUGGCGGCACUGCCAGUGCAGCGACUGACGCCAAAUCUACGGCCGUUCAGCUACGUCGGAGUUGAUUACCUGGGGCCGCUCGACGUGACCAUAGGGCGCAGAACGGAGAAGAGGUGGAUUGCGCUGUUCACCUGCAUGCCAGCAAGGAAGUACAUAGUGGAGUCUGUGCUGGGCAUCAGCGAUGACUGUGCAAACCAACUGACGAACGCGAGGACGAAGUGGACGUUCAACCCUCCGGCCGCACCACACAUGGGUGGCGUUUGGGAGCGGUUGGUACGUUCGGUGAAGGAAGCGCUCACCGCGCUCGAUGACGGAAGGCGAUUGACGGACGAGAUCCUGCAGACGGCAAUUGUGGAAGCGGAGGACAUCAUCAACUCCCGUCCACUGACAUACGUGUCGCAGGAGUCUGUAGAAGCAGAAGCACUCACUCCAAACCAUUUUCUGAGGGGUGCAUCUCCGAACCAGCCGUGUGUGACGCGGUUUCCUCCUCAACCAGCGGAGGCCCUUCGGGACGCGUUCCAGCGUUCGCAGCAGUUAGUCAGCGUAAUUUGGGAACGAUGGAUCAAGGAGUACGUGCCAUCGUUGAACCAGAGGACGAAGUGGUUCGGCGAAUCGAGGCCAUUGCGAGUUGGAGAGGUAGUGUACGUGGUCGAGGGUGCGAACCGGAAGUGCUGGGUCCGUGGAGUAGUUGAAGAGGUCAUCGCGUCCGGCAACGGAAGAAUCCGUCAAGCGUGGGUGCGUACCAGCACUGGAAGGUACAAGCGAGCAACAGUGAAGCUGGCCAGGAUGGAGAUAGACUGUGGUAACCCUGAGCCGGAUGAGGCCUCCGGGACAGAGUUACGGGCCGGGGAAUGUUCUGGCAGCACUGCAUGA